GAGGGUCCGAGGGACAAGAUCCUCCCCCGACACGCCCCUCUCUUAAAUGCCAGCCGGGGUGCCCUGCCCCUUCCCGCUCCCAGUUAACCCCAGCCCUGCGAAACAGGGACAGUCGUGCAGCCUCGAGGGAUGGAGGAGGUGCGUGAGGGACGCGCGCUCGGUGGCGGGAUGGAAGCCGAUGGGCCCGCGAGCCCGCAGGAGCUGCCUCCCUCGCCACGGUCGCCGUCACCGCCGCCGUCGCCCCCACCACUGCCCUCACCGCCGUCGCUGCCAUCGCCCGCGGCCCCGGAGGCCCCCGAGCUCCCCGAGCCGGAGCAGCCGUCCGAGGUUCACGCCCGGCAGCUGCUGCUGGAGGAGUGGGGGCCGCUGAGCGGGGGCCUGGAGCUGCCCCCUCGCCUCACCUGGAAGCUGCUCCUGCUACGGCGGCCGCUCUACCGCAACCUGCUGCGCUCGCCCAAUCCCGAAGGCAUCAACAUUUAUGAGCCAGCACCCCCUACUGGUCCCACCCAGCGACCCCUGGAGACUCUGGGCAAUUUCCGUGGUUGGUACAUUAGAACCGAAAAGCUUCAGCAGAACCAAAGCUGGACAGUGAAGCAGCAGUGUGUGGACCUUCUGGCCGAGGGCCUGUGGGAGGAGCUGCUGGAUGACGAACAACCAGACAUUACGGUCAUGGACUGGUUUGAGGACAGCCGGCUGGAUGCCUGCGUCUACGAACUGCACGUCUGGCUCCUGGCAGCCGACCGCCGCUCCGUCAUCGCUCAGCACCACGUGGCCCCCCGAACUUCUGGGAGAGGACCCCCUGGCCGCUGGGUCCAGGUGUCCCACGUAUUCCGCCAUUAUGGUCCUGGUGUGCGCUUCAUCCACUUCCUGCACAAGGCCAAGAACCGCAUGGAGCCUGGUGGGCUGCGGCGGACACGUGUGACUGACUCCUCCGUGUCUGUGCAGCUCCGGGAGUGACUGGCUGGCUCCUCUGUCCUGACCCCACAGCAUCUCCCUGAGCUUUAGAAGCCCCUAACUCUUAGCCACCUCUUAGGACCCUUAUUCCUCCCCGGCCCUUGGCUUCUCUCUUGAUGGACAGCUUCCACACCCUUAAGCGGUGGACUCCAGCAUUUUCCCGGCACUCUCUGAGCCCCGUGAGGGCAGAGCCACUCCUUGUAAAUUCAGUGCCUGACAGAUGCUCUGGCACAGAUGCUCCGUAGAUCUCUGUUGAGUGAAUGCAUAGACACCUGUGCUCAAGGAUGCUGAGGGCUGGUCUCUGCUUCUUUGAACUUCACUGAAACUGAAUGCUCACUGCUGUGUUGCCAGCACCACCCAGCCCAGGGCUGUGAGCAGAGUGGCAGUGAAUGUCUGUUGAAGGGGGAAUGGAGCCAUUCAUUUCACUCAGUUCCUGUCCCAUUUAACCGCCCCUGAUCCUUGAUCUUCCAUUACCUUCACACCCCGGGGUCCUUCUGAACUGACCUUGACCUCUGAUCUCUUCACAUAUCUCCCCUUAGCAUCUCUACUUACCUACUCUCUCUUUUUUUUUUUUUGAGAUGGAGUCUCACUCUGUCGCCCAGGCUGAAG